UGACAUUCCUGUCUUUUAGAAGACCACCUUUCUUGUCUCCUUAAUUUUGGCUCUUCAAAAUCCUCAGCAAUGCCUUUGGAUAUAACCCUGGACCCGAGCGAGGAAUGUCGCUUCCUGAACAAAGUACAUCGACUUAUCCGGAGAAUGGUAAGGAGAACGCACUUUUCCCAGCAAGAGCUCGAAGCCUGCCUGUUGAUUUAUUACAAGUUGGUCAACGAUGACGAUAGUCCAGUGACUUCGGCGUCUCCAAAGGUUUGCGGAAUCCGGGAGUUGAGUCGAGUGCAGUUUGUUCGAUUUUUUGACAGAGCCUUUGGGAUUCCGGACGAGACGACGGCCAAUCGAAUCCAGGCGGCCUUAACCAGCACCGAAACUGCCUUCCUGUCGAUGGAGUCCUGGGUCCGGAUGCUGUCGAUUUUUCUCCGUGGAACUAUGGAUGAGAAAAUUGAACACUGCUUCCGGGUUUACGACUUUUGCCGGGAAGGUGAGUUGAGAAGAGAGCAUAUGAUGAUCCUGCUGAGGAAAUCGUUCAUCAAACAUCACGAGGAAGAGGUUGAAGAAACGAUCAAGGAUAUGAUUGAGAUGUUGAUCCGACGUUUGGACGUUGAUCGAGAUGGUGUGAUAUCGCUGGAGGACUUCCGGGAAUCAGUUAAAAAAAACCCAGAAUUGAUGGAAUGUUUCGGACAGGCUAUGCCAAACCGAUCCUACGUCUAUGCGUUCUCUCGAACAUUUCUGGAUAAGGUAGAGAAAUUUUAAUUUUUGU